UAAUGACGGAGAAGCUGAUCGAGGCAAGUACUUCCCCUAUAUGAUUUCUAGAAAGCGGGGAGGAAUGGCUGUUAACAGAAACCAUAGCCCUGAACCCCUGAGUCACCACCAUUACUAUUUCACAUCACGUGAUUGCGCGAUUCGUAUCAAACGCGUCGCCGCCACCAUUAUCAGAUAGCAAAUUCUACAACUUCUACAACUUCUACAUCAUGCGACGGCGCCCAACACGGGUCACACGCCAAUCGGUCGCGGCCGCGGCUGCAGCUAAUAAUGCCGCUAGUGGUAAUUCAACUGUAUCAGUAGAAGAAAUUGAGAAUGGUGAAGUUUUGCAAUCAUCCAGAUCCCAAGGGAAGGGGCCGAGGAAGAGAACGGCGCCGGCACAGUCGCAGAGGGACGUACCAGAUUCGGAUUCCGAAGAGUAUGUCGACCCAGACCCAGACCCAGACCCUGCCUCGAAUACGCCACGCGUUAAAAGACGGAAAAUGGUAACGCGCUUAACCGAGAAAAUUGCGAUCAGAGAGUUAUAUGCGCGGCUCUUCGAGAAACCGAACGCAGGCCCAGAGGGCUCUGUUCCCACUACCUUACCAUGCAUUAACCUCCCAGCUCGCACACACAACGUAACUUAUCACCACCCGCUACUACUAGACGGUCGGGAAGCCCGCACUUCUCUUCUCUCUUGGUUCGACGGCGUAAGCACGGCGCGCAACAUGCCAUGGCGCAAAGCAUGGAUCAACCCGAGCGCAGAAGGAGAAGACCCCCGCCAGCGCCUCGAGCGCCGCGCGUACGAGGUCUGGAUCAGCGAGAUCAUGCUCCAGCAGACCCGCGUCGCCGUCGUCAUCGACUACUGGAACCGCUGGAUGGCGCGCUGGCCCUCGAUCCAGGACUUGGCCCGUGCAGAACCUGACGAGGUGCUCGCCGCGUGGCGCGGGCUCGGGUACUAUAGCCGCGCUACGAGGAUCCAUAAGGCGGCGAAGAGCGUGUGCAAGGAUAAAAAUAUGCGGGGUUUGCUGCCGGGCGAUGUCGAGGAGUUGGUCGAGAAGGUGCCUGGCGUGGGUAGGUAUACGGCCGGCGCCAUCGCUGCUAUUGUUUUCGGACGGCCGGCGCCGAUGGUGGAUGGGAAUGUGUUGAGGGUUUUGAGUCGAGUUAUGGGGGUGUUAGGGGAUGUGAAGACGGAUAAGGGGGUUGUGGAUCUGUUAUGGGAGGCGGCGGGGCGACUUGUUAAGGCGGUUGCGCGGGAUCGACCGGGAGAUGACGAUAUUGAUAUGUUGAACGAGGAUAAUGGGGAGGAGCCCAGUGAUAGGCCAGGUCGAUGGGGACAAGCACUGAUGGAGCUUGGGAGUACGGUGUGCACGCCGAAACCUAAUUGCUCCGAUUGUCCCAUCACCUCGAGCUGCCGCGCAUAUAGUGAAGGUCUGCAGCUAGCUGCAAAAAAAGGACUGGUGUCUCGGCCCACGGAGAAGGAUACCGUGGCUGAUAUCGAAGAUGCAUGCACCUUUUGCAAGCCGUUCGAGAAUUACGCUGAUGAAGACGACGAUGAUCAGAACAGAAAGACGGAGAUCUCAUCCAAACAAGAAAAGUCUAAGACGAGGGUGCAAGCUACUUUGCAAUCAUUCGCAUUCACGCAGACCAUGGCCGCAUCUACUACUUCUGCCGAGCCAGAAGAGCUCCCUAAGCAGGAUACUGUGACCCUAAGCCCUGCCGCUAUGGAUGUGAUCGCAAACCACGCGAGGAAAUUCCCGGUAAAAAAGAUCAAGAAGGCGGUAAGGGAAGAGGAGACGCUAGUCUGUGCCGUGAGACGCAACGACGGGCGAUAUUUAGUACACCGACGGCCCGAAAAGGGGCUCCUAGCUGGCCUUUGGGAGCUGCCGAGUCAUGUUCUUAACAACCCCAAGACCAGCACUGCAAAGACGAGAAAGGCAGACGCGGAGAAGUACGUUGUGAACUUGGUUGAUCGGGAUCAGUCGAUGGGUAUGGUGAGGGUGAAGUAUAUCGAUGACUUGGGGUCCGUGCCGUGGCUUUUCUCGCAUUUGAAGCUGACAAUGCAUGUUCAUCUGUUUGAACUCGAUUCGCAUGGAGAUUUCAACGACGACCUUGAGAAUGGAGGAAGGGGAGGGGCGCAGAGCCGAUGGAGCAAGGCUGGUGUUAUCGAUGACGAGUCCAUGGGUACCGGAAUGCGGAAGUGCUGGGCUUUGGCGAAGGAGGCGAGUGGAGGAUGAUAGGAGUCCGUUACUCAAAAAGGUUAAUCAAGAUGCUCGCGCGGGCUAGAUCAUGUUCGAUACUGUAUUGGCAUUACAAAUCUGAUGGACGGUAUACCCCGGAUAGAAGUGCUAUUUUAUGUGAAGUGUUAGUGAUUAGGUAUUAAGAUGUGACAUCCAUCUAUUCCAACUCAUAUGGAGACAUUAUAGG